AUAGAAAUCCAUAAUGGGACGAAGAUUAAGGAAGAGCCUGUCGAUACAACAUCGAAUACAAUUGAAUAUGAUACUCCUAUAGUUAGAAAUUAUUAUAGUUUAAUUGAUCAUGAUCAUCAUUAUUGCGACAAAUCAUUAUCUAAUAAGUCAUAUAAAAGCAUAAAUAACACAGGAAACGGACAUUCAUCGAAUGCACAUACAAACGACGUAACUAAUACUGUUAAUACAGAUCGUAAAAAUGUAAAAACAAAGAAAGAAAUAGAUAAUACCUUACCACGUUUUAAGAAACGAAAAUAUUCCAAUGAAAUCUUUAGUAAUAAAAACACUAGUACACUAUGUUCAGUAACCAAAAAUGUUAAGAGAAAAAGAAAACAAAAAAGCAUUACAUUAGAUUAUAAAAAAAAAAUACAAUGUAAGAAUAAAUUAGUAAAAAAGGAAUUUACAUGUGACAUAUGUUUUAGGAAAUUCAGUUGUCUUUCACAUUGGAAAAUCCAUAAACAAUAUUACGAACUUGAUAAAAGGAAUAAGUGUAAGGUUUGUAAUAAAUAUUUCAUAGCUAACGACAAAUUACAGUCUGAUACGUGUCAUUGCGUACAUAGCAUGCGUAGUACAUACUUAUCUUCAUACAAUUGUAAUUUUUGCAGUCGUACUUUUAAGAAAAAAUUGCUUUUACAAUCUCACUUAUUUCAUGUACAUAAUGAGUUAAUAUGUUUUAAUAACACUGUUAAACGUGAGACUUCCAAAUCCAAGAUCUUUAAAGUAAAUAAAUCUCCUGAAAAUGAUAUUUUAAUAACUAGUGCAAGUGAAAACUCAUUAUGUUCAAAUAAUCUUGUUCAAUCAGGAAAGAUAAAUACUACGCUUAUAAAUAAAUCUCGUAACGAUGAUGUGAUUAAUACUGAGAAAUCAAGAACCGAAAAAUUAUUCAAUAACGAAGUGUCGCCAACUAAAAGAUUACGACAACCAACAUUAACGGAAUAUCUUGAGCUUUGCAAAAAAAAACGCAAUAUUAAAUUUAGUCCAAGUAAAUUGAACAUUACAAAAGAUGAUUUUCCUACGUGUGCUUUACAUCGUGAUGAUCAAAUAAAAAAACUUCCAGUAGAACAAAAUGGACAAAUUGAUCUUUUAUCUACACAAUCAGAUAAUCUUCUAAAACGAACAGUACGUUCUAUUCAGAAACAAAGUAUGAAACAUGAAAUGCAUAAAAAGCCAUUUGUAAAACUACAUGCAGAUGUUGAAAUGAUGAAGUCUUUUCUAGAAAAACUUUCUGAUACGGUUGUCGAAAAUAAAAUAACCAAAGAUGGAACCAGUAAUAUUAUUUCAUAUGAUCGUGGAAUACCUUACAGUUUACGAUCUUUAAAUGGAAUUUCUUCCAUGGAAGCAAGUGCAAAUUUAGGAAUGAGGAAGAACAAAAAUGUAUCUAAGAAGUCUCGAUUUGGUACAGAAUUUAAUAUUAAAAAUAAAGAAAACGGGGUUUUAAAGCAAACGAUUAAUUUAGAAAAGAUAACUUCUAAAGUGGAUUGGAAAAUUAUUAUGGCUUAUUUUAAAUGCAAGGAGUGUACAAUUUUUUUAACAAGAUGUGAUGAACAACCAAGAAAUUCUUAUCAAAUUUCUGCUCUUAAAACCAAGAAAAACACUUGUCUUACUUCUGGAUGCAACUUUCAAGAAAGUGAUGUACGAAAUGAAGUGAAGCUAAAAGACGUAGAGGUUUCUUUGGAACGUUUAACAGUUGUUCCAACUGUACAUAUAAAAGAAAAAACACCGGAUGUUGAGAAACACAAUAACAAUUAUUUUUUGUGUAAAGUUUGUAAGGAGAGUUUUUCUUCAAAAUUGGCCAAACGUAUACAUAUUAAGUCGUCUCAUAUAGCAUAUAUGUCAAGCAUAUGUGGUGCACGUUAUAAGUUGAAGCAUAAAUUACUUCAACAUUAUCUACGCGAACAUGUUUCUAAACAAAAUCAAUGUUGUAUUUGUUAUAUGCUAUUAUCUGAUUAUGAAGCGUUGAAGCAACACUUAAAUGUUCAUUGUCUGAAGUAUAUUCAACGACAGGAUGAUCAAUAUUUAAUAGAUACUGAAUUAGAAUGCAACUUGACCAAAAAAUCUAAGUAUCUUCGUGACGAGACAUUCUUGUCACGAACAUCUUUGAAGGAACAUCAAAGUCAUUGUACAGUACAAAAAGAAAUAGAAGAAGAUCAGAAAGAUUCCAUGGAAGAAGCAAAUUCAUCCCCAAAGGAUAUUUCUGAAGUACAACAUGAGAAGCCCGAUGAUAUAGUUGACAUAAUAUGUCACGAAAAAAUUAAUCUGGAUGAUUUAUGUAAUCCAUUAAAUAGCGACUGUGUAAAAAAAUCGAAUGAACAUCAAAUAUCGUUUCAUAAAAAAGAACAAGAAAUCAAUGAAGCUAAUCAAAACAUUCUUGUUAAUAAUAACUUAAUUAAGGACAAAAUAGGAACUAUUAACGAAUCGCAACACCCUAAAAAGCUUUUGGAAAAUAAUUCCACAAUUAGUAAUCAAGAUGUCGCGAAUACACAAUUGAAUAACAUUGCAACAAAGAAUGGAACUUAUCCGUGCAAUAUAUGUGGAAAGCAAUUUCAAACUCCCAAGAAUUUGGAAAUACAUGUACGCAAUUUUAGCUUUACCCCUGAUAUUUGUCCAUUGUGUGGCACUGGAUUUAGUUCUAAACGUUUUUUACAGUCACAUAUUACUGCAGCGCAUGUACCACAUAUUUCAAAAACUUACAAUUUUCAUUGUGUAUUCUGUAACCAAGGUUUUUUUAAAAAACACGAUCUUCGGUCUCAUAUAUUACACUUACAUGGUCAACAAGUACUCAAUACGCUCACAUGCAAUCCUAAUAUAAAUCAAGAGAAAUCCAACAAAUCAGUUACCCGUAGCACAGUAUGUAACGUUUGUAAUUUGGUAUUUGAAACUCAUGAUCGCUAUGUUGAGCAUCGAAUGUACUAUUAUAAAAAUCAUACAUUUAGAUGCUCACUCUGUGAACAAAACUUUCAAGGAAUGUACAUGUUUCAUCAUCAUAACAAACUUACACAUUGUCCAGAAGAUAAACGCAAAUCAUACAAUCACAUCUGCGAGAUAUGCCAUGAGGGAUUCAAUCAUGAGUCACAUUUUUAUUCGCAUAAUAUGCAUGUGCAUUCGAAUGAAGUGAAUUUAGGUGAAACUGCAAAAGAAUCUAAAGAAGAUACCAAGAAUAGAAGCCGGGAUUCAUCCAACGUCCAGAAACAGAUUAGAAAUUGUUCUACGGAUCAAGAAAACCAAAAUGAUCAAUCCAAUGAGUAUACUUGCCAAAUUUGUCAGAUGAAAUGUAGAAAUAUGGAUCAUAUGGUAAUGCACAAAGAAUUUUAUUCUAAUGAGGGAGAUUUUAAAUGUGACAAGUGUAAUAGACGAUGCAAAACAUUUGAUUUUCUUAACCAACAUAAGAAAUUAACUCACUCUUGUCGAGAUGUUUAUAAUGGACAUAUGUGUCAUAUUUGUGGCGAAGUUUUGGAAACAAGUAUUUCAUUGAAAUGUCACGAAAAACACUUCCACUCAAAUAUUAUCAGCAAUAAUACGGAUAAUUGGAAGAAUCCAGAAGAAUUGAGUAAUCAGUUAUUAUCUUUAAAUAUAAUAUAUCCAGGUAAAUCUAAAAACAAUACAUGUAAUGUAACUGAAUACAAAUGCUUAUUUUGUGAUAUGAAGUUCUCUACUCCUAACACUGUCCAAACACAUAUUGUUUAUGUUCAUAUGAAUGAUAUGAUAGCUGAACGAGCUACUUUAAAACUUGCUCUUCCCAUUACUAAUAACAAUAGCAUUCAGAAACAAUUUGAAAUUGGUCAAAUACCAUCAAUAUCGUCAAUGUCAUCUUCAUCUUCAUCAUCGUCAUUAUCAUCAUCAUCAUCAUCAUCA